AUGCUCUACUUCUCGGCCAUAUGCCUUUUUAAGCACUCCAAAGUACCUGACGUCAAGUGGCUGGAGUAUGUGAGACGAAUGAGCCGGUAUAUAGAGCGUGAUGAUCUUGUUAUCCUUGCAGUAUCUCUUAAAAUCGGCGGAAUGGUGGCUUUCGUGACCAUCAAGGAUCAGCAGACGAUAGCGACGAUUAGAUCGCUUGGCUAUAUCAUCUACCAGUACUAUGCCGAUAUUUGGGUCUUCGUGUUUACUGGAUAUGCCUAUAAAUACCGCAAGGCACGCAAGGCCAGCAUCAGCGAUGCCACCAAGCGAGAAUACGCAGCAGCUACCGGCGCAGACUUGGAUGCUCUGUUAGGGGAUUGCGCUUAUAAGGAACAAUACAGACCAGCAUUGACGGCAUUCUUCAAGGAACAGAUGCGCCAACAACCUCAACUGCCCGAGAAGCACUUCCUGAAUGUGUUGUCCGAUGCCGCAGAUAUGGAUCAACGAGGGACGACGUGGUCAGAAGGUUUUGCGAAUAAGUGCCUGCUUCCCCUCUUCCACAAGGACCUGGAGCGACUGGCUAGUAUGGUGGUCCCUGUGCCUGACUUCCCACGCCCAGGCAUCGAGUUCCAACAUAUGCUCAACAUCGCCCAACGGCAGGGCGGGUUGGCUUUGUGCACUUCUCUGCUACGAACUCGGUUCAAAGGUGACUAG